AGCUGGAUGUCGACUUCCCCCCUCCGAACUUAAUGCGUUUUCAUAAAAAUAACCAUUGGCUAAGUCUCAGAAUAGCUUCUUCUACAGCCCCACUAAUGGGCACUGGGUCCUGCAAUCCCAAACAGGAAAUUGGUGCUGACGCCCGGGGAUCCCUCAAAGAGCUUCCUCACCAGUGACUCAGAUAUCCGUACCCAUGUCUAUAUAAAAGCCCGGUCUGUCAGUGAGGACUGAGCCUUGAACCAUAACAUUUUAAAGCAUACUUCCAACCUACCCUGAUAAUCAUCAUGCUCUUCCAACUCACUCUCCUCCACCUCCCCACCUCCCUCCCCUCCGCCUCUCCCACCCUCCAAUCCCACUUCUCCAAAUUCACUUCCAAUCCCACCCAACCAACCUACAUAUAUACCCAAAUCGAAGACCCCACAUACAUAUAUCUCCUCCAGCAAUCGACCCCGGAGCAACAAAACACAAAGGAGUUCACGCACCCCGAAGGGGUGGCUUUAGAAUGGACGCUGCGGAUUGAGAUCAAUGACGCUACGCAAACGGAUUACGCCGAGGCACCUCUGCCACUCAAUGCCCCAGUCAUGGCAAUUGGGAGGUACUUUGUCGCUACGGGGAAGAAGGCUGGAUAUCAGGAGACGUUUGAUGCCACCAGAGGUCAUUUGGAGAGGUUUACGGCACCGUUGCCCUUGGCUGGUGGGUGGAGGAUAGAUCAGUGUUCUCGUGGGGAGGAAGAAGGAGAAGGGAAGGAGGAAUAUGUUUUGUUUAGUGGGUGGGAUGCGGUGGAGAGGCAUUUUGCUUUUGCGGAGACUGAAGGGUUUAAGGAGUUUGUUAAGAUUAAAAGUUUCUUGGAGGGGGCGGAGAUUAAGCAUGCUUUGAGGUGGGAGGGGGUUGGUCGGUGA